GCAAGUUGCACCAAGACCAGAUGCUAGCGAGUCCAGCAGUGCAACGUCUACCCUCCAAUCGGAGGAACGAGUUGACCACCUAGUCGCAACACUAGCACCUUCGCCGCACCAGCCACCAUCAGCAAGCAGUUGGACACCUUGAAGACCGAGGUUCAGCAACUGCACCAGCUGCCCAAUAAGGAUGGCAACACCAGUGCGCAGCACAACAAGAUGCCGACAUUCCGCAUCGAAAAGUUCUAUGAUUAUACACAUCAAGACCCGGUCCCCCGGUGGGAGGGCUUUACGACGGAACUUCGGAUUCUUUUUGUCCACUCGUACAUCGGUGCGUUGUUCCUCAACUCAAAGGGCGGAUACCAGAUAUGGCUCRGCCACCUCGCAACCAUCCACGGCGUCGAGGUCGCCGAUCUACAUAAAAAGAUCUCUUGGGAAAAUUUGACGAGGCUAUGGAAGAAGCGGUUCAUCGUGGAUGAUGCCCCGACGCUCGCCAUCAACCGCCUCUUCGCCAUGACCCAAGAAAACACACCGACACGCGACUGGCUCACGGAAUGGCAAAAGAUUGUGGCAACGCCUGAUCUCGAGUUGCCAUUUUCGCAUCUGCGUCGGGAGUUCUACAACUGGUCAUGUGCCGCCUUGAGCCUCACACUUGGUGAUCGCGAGCAAUACACCACCUUCGCCGAAAUCAUCGACAAGGCAAGGGAGAUCAUCAAGACCAACAGGGCGGCUGAACACGAGAAAUCGGCGUGGCAGCCAACCUAUGUGGAGAAAGGAAAAUUUGGUCCGCGUCCGCAGCAUGUCGCUGCUGUCCAACCAGACGACAUUGUGGAAGAUCCAGCAGCCACCCAAGCAUCACGUGUGGGAGAUGAGGUGGCCGUUACAGCAGCGAUGGAUCAGAAGGCAGGCGAGACUGACGAGGCCUACGAGGCACGGCUGGCGCCCAUCCUGGCCGAAACCAAGCAACGGGCAGACGCAGCGGCAGCAGCACGGAAGAAGAAGGAAGCAGAGGCAGAGAGACUACGUCUUCUGGCUGAAGAACAGCGGCAGAAGCAUGAGGCAGCAGCAGCCACAGCCUCUGAUGAGGAACGCGUACGGCGACGGGAGAUCAUAUUCAGGGAGGAAAGUGCAUUACACGCACAGGCCAAGGAUUGGCAGAAGGAGGCCGAGAACGACGAUCCCAUUGACGUCGGGAGCAGAGUAUCUCAACUGCUCAACCGUAUCACGGACCUCCUCGCGACUUGCAUCGCGCAGCAGGAGGACAUUUACUCCCUCGACCACGCUAAUAAGGGGCUGCAACAGUCGUCGGACCGGAUGCUCAAGCGCAUUCAGCAGCUGGAGCAGCAGGUCACUAACGCCAAUACCAACGUCGGCCCCUCCAACCUCGCCGACCGCGUCCAUGUUUUGAAGAUAGACGUGGGAACACUUAAGACUGGGGCACAGCAGCUGCAACAGCAGGUUUCUGCAGCGGCCGGCCCUAGCGCAACGACACGCGAAACGAUUGUCAAGUUCGAUGGGGUCCCGAUCUUCUGUGACGCAUCGAAGACCGACCCCAUCCAAUGGUGGCCCCAGUUUGAACUCAAGCUGGACAUCCACCACGCCAUCGACGCAAAUCGGCAUGCAUAUUUGUACUCCCGCUCGAGAGGCGCGUGUCAGGCAUGGUUGGACAAUAUGCUGUCCGCACAUGCAUGUACAGUCACCGAGUUGCACAACUACAUCACUUGGGUAGAGCUCACGGCGGCGUGGAAGAAGCGUUUCCAAGUAGAACCGCCCGAGCACCAGGCGAUGGACAAGCUGCUGACGUUUUCGCAGAACAACAUGCCAAGCGGAGACUGGAUUUCUGAGUUCCAACGGCUGGCAAGCACGCCCAAGUUGCCGAUGAACUUUGACGGCAUCAAGGUUUCCCUUAUCAAGCGGUCGUGCCCAGCAUUGCAGAAUGCGUUGACUCAUGUCGCCGAGACCCUCACCACAAGUGAGGAACUCUUCAACAAGGCCGCGCAGAUCAUCGUGACGAACUUGGCAGCCCGAAAUACGGGCCAUUCGUCAAAUGCCGGCCAGGGCGCGCAUCAGCAUCGAUCGAAAGUGGUCGUGGUCGCAGCGGCAACGACUAGCGACCCUUCUACUUCAAAUGAGGCUGUUUCGUCUGACGAGGGAGACAGACUCGCAGCUGCCCAGAAUGGUGGCCGACCCGCCAAAGGACGAGGACGCGGCAAGCCGAAGACCAACACCAAUACUUCUUCUGGGCCCGGGCAAGCAGCUCCCGCUCAAGGACCUUGGACAGCGUACGGCCUGACGGAGCGCGGGUAUCGCGCCUUGGCUCGCAAGUGCGGAUCACACGGUCAACUUCCAUCGGCGGACACUUACGGUUCGCAACGCGUUCGGCGCCGAAGUACCAUGUACGACUCCUCCUCCGCACCCUUCGAUCCGGUGCCAAGUUGUAACAGCCAAAUCUUUCCGGGCCACUUGCGCUUACGAGCGGACCGAAGAGAUCGGCUUUUUCUUCGAACCAUCGCGGUAGCCGACUCUCAACCUACGGACUUGUCUUCAGACCACCGAGUGGUGCGGUUGCUCGACGAAUUUGCCGACAUCUUCGAGUCACCUACCGGCGUGGUGCCGGAUCGGCCGAUCUCACACGAGAUCAUUCUUGAGGCCGGUGCCGUGCCGCCGAAAGGAUGCAUUUAUCGCAUGAGCGAGGAGGAACUUACAGUAUUCCGCGCGCAGCUCGACAACUUGUUGGACAAAGGCUGGAUCCGGCCUAGUAGCUCACCCUAUGGUGCGCCAGUUCUCUUCGUUCGGAAGAAGAACAAGGACCUUCGCCUAUGCAUCGAUUACCGCAAGCUCAAUGCGCAAACCGUCAAGAACGCGGGACCUCUUCCUCGUAUUGACGACCUUCUGGAGCGCUUGGGUGGCGCAAAAUUCUUUUCUAAGCUGGAUUUGAAGUCGGGAUACCAUCAGAUCUCGAUUCGGCCGCAAGAUCGCUACAAGACCGCGUUCAAGACACGGUACGGGCACUUCGAGUGGGUUGUUAUGCCUUUUGGACUCACCAACGCCCCGGCGACUUUUCAAGCGGCGAUGACCAACGAGUUCCGAGCAAUGUUGGACCAGUUCGUGCUGGUCUACUUGGACGACAUCCUCGUCUACAGCCGGACCUUGGAGGAACAUCUGGACCAUCUUCGACGAGUGUUGGAGACACUCCGGCGCGCCAAGUUCAAAGCCAACCGCGACAAGUGCGAGUUCGUGCGUCAAGAGUUGGAAUACUUGGGCCACUUCGUCACUCCACAAGGCACCAGUCCGUUGUCGGACAAGAUUCAAGCCGUCCAAGAUUGGCCGGAGCCAUGGAACGUUACGGAUGUCCGAUCAUUCCUUGGCCUCGCCGGCUACUACCAACGUUUCAUCAAGGGGUACUCGAAGAUCGUGGCCCACUUAACCAAACUUCAAUGCGAGGACCGGUCGUUUGACUUUGGGACGAACGCGCGGGAAUCAUUCUUGGCCCUCAAGGCCGCAUUGCUUUUCACGGAGGUAUUGCGGAUAUACGACCCGCUAUUGCCAACGCUCGUCACCACGGAUGCGUCCGGCUAUGGCAUUGGUGCCGUCCUCGAGCAACAUGACGGCGUGGACUGGCUCCCGGUCGAAUACUUCAGCAAGAAAGUGCCGCCCGUGCACUCCAUCGACGAUGCACGGAAGAAGGAACUUCUCGCCUUCGUCCACGCACUCAAGCGGUGGCGGCACUUCCUCCUCGGUCGACGCCAGUUCCGAUGGGUAACGGAUAACAAUCCGUUGGUCUUUUACAAGUCUCAAGACACCGUCAACAGCACCAUCGCCCGUUGGAUGGCCUUCAUCGACCAAUUCGACUUCUUUCCCGAUUACAUUCCGGGGAAGUCGAACCGUUCUGCGGAUGCCCUUUCGCGGCGUCCAGACCACUGCACUGCGGUCUACCCAACCUUCGAGAUCGAGGACGACUUGCGGGACAGCUUCAACCGUGGCUAUCAAGCUGACCCCGAGUUUCGCGACAAGGAAGCGAUUGCCAUGGAUAUCACUGGGCCGUUCCCCAAGCACAAGACGGGCGUCGAUGGGAUUCUCACGGUGGUUGACCGCCUCACCAAGUUUGCCAUGUUCUUGCCUUGCCGCUAUCAUGCCAAGGCACCGGAGUUGCCAUGUUCUUGCCUUGCCGUUAUCACGCCGAGGCACCAAGUUUGCCAUGUUCUCUACGCCGGUUGGAUUCGAACCAAGGGUUACCCCAAGGAGAUUGUCUGCGACCGCGACACGGUUCAUUUUUUGGAGAUGACGGGGUGGAGAGGCAGAAGGCGGUCGGGAGGCACGAUCCUGGCGUUCCGUCCGCAUAAGGUGGGCGGUCUGGAGGUCCUCAAUGGUGGAUUGGGAGGGGUCGAGAGAGGCAGUGUCGAAGUCGUCAUCGGAGGUGGGUGGAGUGGUGUCGCUAUGGAGAAAGCGGGGGAGGGAGGGAGCGGGCGCGAAUUGGUGAUGGGGGUGGAGGAGUCGAUCGUGGUGAAGCAUGCGAGAGAGGAGGUCAGCAAGGGGCAUGUCGGGUUCGUGGGCGAGGGAGGUUGCAAGGUCUUUGUGGCAUACUCGUUUGAUGCGGGAGAUGAACGUAAAGUCGGGAAUGACGGUGGUGGGGAGGUGGUGGCAGAGGGAGCGGACAUAUUGGACGAAGCGGUCCGCGGGACCGGUCUGGCGGAGGUGGUAGAAUUGUUUAAGGUAGUCAUCAAUGGUUUUCUGGGUGCGAAAGUUGGCAGUGAGAAGGUUGGCCCAUUGAAGGAAGGAGUGACGUGGUCCUCCAGAGGCUCGACAGUUGCUGACUUCAGCCAUCCACCAUUUGGUGGCAUUGCGGAGGAGGCGGGAGGUGGCAAUGGGGAGCCAGUGGGCAAGGGGCAUGGGGCGGAGGUGAAAAGAGUUAUGGAACUGGGUGGUAGGAGUGGAGGAGGUCGGCGGGGGGUGUUGUUGGAGGCGGCUGUGGAGGAGGGAGUGGUUUGCGCUGUGGAGGAGGGAGGUGUGGCUGUGGUGACGAUCGUGAUGGAGGGGUUGUCCCCUUCGAGCGUGGUGACGCAGUCAGAUAUGGAUGACAUGGUGGCCUUUAUGUCGUCCAGAGAGGCGGUGACGGAGGUUUGGAAGGUGUUGAGUGCGUGGAGGAUGGUGGAGAGGUUGGGGGUGGUGGUGUUUGUUGGUGGUUGUUCGCCUGUGAGGUUGUGGGCGAUGCUAUCGACCGAGUCGGUCCGGAUGUCAGACAUGUUGAUGGAGGAUGCGGUCAUGUCGGGGGAAGAGGGGGUGGAGGACGCGGCCGGAACGGAUGUGGAGGAUGCCGCGGCAGCAGCGGCGGCGGCGGCUGCGGCGCGUUGGGAGUUCUUGGUUUGGCGUGGUGGGAUGUGGAGAUGGGGGGGGACAAUUCCUAUUUACAAGAAUAGAGUGAGAUUUAUUGCUUCUGUGCCGGGGUUUCAUUCUGUACACAGUUUGAACAAGUGGGGUGCUUUGAAAGUGAAGAAUGUUCUGGAGCAAGAGACAUUUGAUGAGUGCUUCAAGGACUCCCCACUUGUGAUGCAGGUCUCCUCGAUGGGUCAGUUCAAUGAGAAAUGGCUGCAGUUUCUACAGCAGUGCUUCAGUAAAGGGAAAUGUUUGCGGGAAGGGAGGGAGGUACCCUUGGGAGUUGGGAAGAUGUCCUUGGUAUGGCCGACGGUUGAGGACGUGCGCAACUCCUUGGAGGGUUAUGCUGCUGGAGCCUCUCUUUGUUCCUGCUCGAAGAACGUUGACAAGCUUGAUUUUGCGUAUUGGGCGAAAUGGGACGCUGCCCAUGUCAAAAGACA